AUGUUGCGUGUCCUGCUCUACAGAUUUUUAAGGAGGAACAUCCUGAGUGGAAAGACUUUCUUGCUGGUGGGAACUCUUCUAAUGGUCAUUUAUCUCUAUGGAUAUUCUCCGGACCACUGUGCUGUCCACCUCAAAGUAGGUGUGAGAAGGGAUGUCCAUCAGAAUGAGCCAUCCACCACAGAGACCACCUAUGCAUUCUCCUGGACACAAUGCCAACAAAAUAUGUCUGCUGCCCAUAUCACCAACUUCACCUCACUUCCUGGUAAUAUACAAAACGUUCUCUACUAUCGACACUGUCGCCAUUUCCCCAUGCUUCUGGACAACCCUGGUAAAUGUGGAGGGCCUGAUGGAUCCUCAGAAGUCUUUCUUCUGCUGGUCAUUAAAAGUUCCCCCAAGAACUAUGAACGCCGAGAGGUGCUGCGCAAAACCUGGGCUAAAGAGAGGUUACAGAAUGGUGCGUGGAUCCGAAGGAUCUUUCUCUCAGGAACAAUGGAGGCUGGUUUUCGAAAGGAGAGACUGAACAAACUACUGGAGCUGGAGCACCGUGAGUACAAUGACAUUCUUCAAUGGGACUUUAAUGACACCUUCUACAACCUGACCCUGAAGCAGAUACUCUUUCUACAAUGGAUGGAAAAAAACUGUCCGCAUGUCCACUUCCUGCUAAAUGGUGAUGAGGACGUCUUUGCUAACACCGACAACAUGGUUGAGUACCUCCAAAACCUUCAGGACAACAAUGGAAAUAAGCAUCUCUUUACUGGUCAUCUGAUAUACAAUGCGAAACCCAUUAGAUAUGCAAGGAGCAAGUAUUUUAUUCCAGUUCAAUUGCACCAGUCGGACAAAUACCCAGCCUACUGUGGUGGCGGGGGCUUCCUGCUGUCUGGCUACACAGCUAAGGUCAUUUACAAUAUGUCCCGGUCCAUUACCAUGCUCCCCAUUGAUGAUGUUUACAUGGGAAUGUGCCUGGCCAAAGCAGGACUGCGUCCUGAAUCCCAUAUGGGUGUGAAGACAGCAGGACACCCCUUUCCCUCCAGCAGAGUAGAUGCAUAUGACCCUUGCUUCUAUAAAGACCUUUUACUGGUACACAGAUUUCUUCCAGACGAAAUGUACUUAAUGUGGCACCGAACACACGAUCCUAAUCUCAUAUGUGGUGUCUAGAGAAGAAUGCUUUACCAAACCUCAUCAAUAGCAGGUGGUGGCAGAGGUUUGUUCAAUCUUAUGUAACCCAUUAGUACCACAGCUCUGUGAUAAAUUCAACUUUUUAAUAUUAAAGGGAUAGUUCA